AUGGUUGGCACCACGCCUCAUUACACUAAGCCACAUGGCACCACGCCUCAUGGCACCACGCCUCAUGGCACCACGCCUCAUGGCACCAUGUCUCAUUACACUAAGCCACAUGGCACCACGCCUCAUGGCACCACGCCUCAUGGCACCAUGUCUCAUUACACUAAGCCACAUGGCACCAUGUCUCAUUACACUAAGCCACAUGGCACCACGCCUCAUGGCACCACGCCUCAUGGCACCAUGUCUCAUUACACUAAGCCACAUGGCACCACGUCUCAUUACACCAAGCCACAUGGCACUACGCCUCAUGGCACCACGCCUCAUGGCACCACGUCUCAUUACACCAAGCCACAUGGCACCACGUCUCAUAGCACCACACCUCAUGGCACCACGCCUCAUGGCACCACGCCUCAUGGCUCCACGUCUCAUGGCACCAUGCUUCAUGGCACCACGUCUCAUGGCUCCACGUCUCAUGGCACCAUGCCUCAUGGCACCAGGCCUCAUGGCUCCACGUCUCAUGGCACCAGGCCUCAUGCCACCACGCCUCAUGGCACCAGGCCUCAUGGCACCAGGCCUCAUGGCACCACGCCUCAUGGCUCCACGUCUCAUGGCACCACGCCUCAUGGCACCACGCCUCAUGGCACCAGGCCUCAUGGAACCACGCCUCAUGGCACCACGCCACAUGUCAUCACGCCUCAUGUCAUCACGCCUCAUGGCACCACGCCUCAUGGCACCACGCCUCAUGGCACCACGCCUCAUGGCACCACGCCUCAUGGCACCACGCCUCAUGUCAUCACGCCUCAUGGCACCACGCCUCAUGGCACCACGCCUCAUGUCAUCACGCCUCAUGGCACCACGCCUCAUGGCACCACGCCUCAUGGCACCACGCCUCAUGGUACCACGUCUCAUAGCACUAGACCUCAUGGCACCAGGUCUCGUGGCACCACGCCUCAUGGCACCAGGCCUCGUGGCACCACGCCUCAUGGCACCAUGCCUCAUGGCACCAUGCCUCAUGGCACCACGUCUCAUGGCACCACGUCUCAUGGCACUAGACCUCAUGGCACCACGCCUCAUGGCACGAAGCCUCAUGGCACCACGUCUCAUGGCACUAGACCUCAUGGCACCACGCCUCAUGGCACCACACCUCAUGGGACCACGUCUCAUGGCACUAGACCUCAUGGCACCACGUCUCAUGGCACCACGUCUCAUGGCACUAGACCUCAUGGCACCACGCCUCAUGGCACCACGCCUCAUGGCACCACGCCUCAUGGCAUUAUGCCUCAUGACACCACGCAUCAUGGCGCCAGGCCUCAUGGCACCACGCCUCAUGGCACCAGGCCUCAUGGCACCACGCCUCAUGGCACCACGCCUCAUGGCACCGCGCCUCAUGGCACCACGCCUCAUGGCACCACGCCUCAUGGCAUUAUGCCUCAUGGCACCACGCAUCAUGGCACCAGGCCUCAUGGCACCACGCCUCAUGGCACCACGCCUCAUGGCACCACGCCUCAUGGCAUUAUGCCUCAUGGCAUUAUGCCUCAUGGCACCACGCCUCAUGGCACCGCGCCUCAUGGCACCACGCCUCAUGGCACCACGCCUCAUGGCAUUAUGCCUCAUGGCACCACGCCUCAUGGCACCAGGCCUCAUGGCACCACGUCUCAUGGCACUAGACAUCAUGGCACCAAUCCUCAUGGCACCACGUCUCAUGGCACUAGACCUCAUGGCACCACGCCUCAUGGCACCACGCCUCAUGGCAUUAUGCCUCAUGGCACCACGCAUCAUGGCACCAGGCCUCAUGGCACCACGCCUCAUGGCACCAGGCCUCAUGGCACCACGCCUCAUGGCACCACGCCUCAUGGCACCACGCCUCAUGGCACCACGCCUCAUGGCACCACGCCUCAUGGCACCGCGCCUCAUGGCACCACGCCUCAUGGCACCACGCCUCAUGGCAUUAUGCCUCAUGGCACCACGCAUCAUGGCACCAGGCCUCAUGGCACCACGCCUCAUGGCACCACGCCUCAUGGCACCACGCCUCAUGGCAUUAUGCCUCAUGGCACCACGCCUCAUGGCACCAGGCCUCAUGGCACCACGCGUCAUGGCACCAUGCCUCAUGGCACCACGCCUCAUCAUAAACAACACCACCGACAACUGUCCGUCGUGCUACUGAGAUUGGCCAAUCAAAAUCACGUCACUCCUGGUGUCACUCCUUGUUAA